GAGGUAAUUUUGGCAAAUAAAAGAGGGGGAAGAGAAACGGUUUCACACCCAGCCGCUGCCGCCCCCCAGAGAAUUUUUUCUUCUCUGCAUGCAGCCCCCCAAAGGCCUUUAUUUUUCUGACCCGGCUAGUUCCGCCAUUUCCUUCCCCUCUUCAUCGCUUCCCCCUCUCUUUGAAACCAGCCACACACCAGCCGCUCCCCUCCCGGUCAUCUUCAUCUUCCUCAAACCACCUUCCUCCUUUCAUCAGAUUUCCUUUCUUCCCGCCAGCCAAGGGCUGAGCUCCCUCCGCUUAAAUACAGCUGCCUCUCCCACACAGCCGUCCCUCUCCUCUCACAACCCGGUCUGAUUUUCCUACAUCUCAUCCCCCUUGGCUUCGAUUUUUCAGCUCCAUGCCGUCUCCAUCACCCUUCUCCCCACAGACCACAACCAAGACCGCUGUAUCCUCCUCAGCCACGACUUCUCCCCUGCUCCAAGACCGAUGUUCUUCCCACUCCUAGCCGACCCAGCUUCAAUAGUGCCCACGGACCAGCCUCCAACAGCUCUCGAUCCCUGUCAUCUUCCUCUCUCAGCCGAUCCAUUAGUCUCCCUCUCCAGGUCAACGAACAGACCCGACCAUAGCAGCCGGCCACAGACCCACAGUCUCCACCUCCAGCCAGCUCCACCCGGCAGACCACGUAGAACUCGCCAAAUCUGUUACCAGCAGGAAGAAGGAUUAGUUAGCCGAGAAGAAGAAAGAGGACAAAGGUUCACAGAUCUAAAAAAGGAAAAAAAAUCCAAGAAUGGAUCUGGAUUAAACAGACCUGUUUGUUGUGUUUUUGUUUGUUCUUGCAGGUUAUCACUGGUGAGGAAAGGAAGGGGAGAAGAGGCUGUUACAGACCUUGUUUCUUCUAGUUUGUUUUCGCGGUGGCGCGUGAAUUCAUGCGUCGCCAGUGGCAGUGGCAGUGGCACGUGGAGGAUACGCACCACCGCUGUUUUAGCCAAAAGAAAACCUUCUGCCACUGUUCUGGUGGAUCCUAAAGGAUGCUCCCUGCAAUUCCUGGUGUUUUGGGAUUCUAUUGUGUCACCGCCGGCGUAGGAAGACAUAGAAGAGGAAGAGGUUUCCGAUCCACUGGAUUCAGUCAUCUUUAUUAGCGGCGGCGAGUUGUGCAACACGCCGCCACUGUUUUCUCCGUAAACCACAACUAAGACCAUUGUCUCCUCCUUAGCCACAGCUUCUCCUCUUCUCCAAGACCGUUGUUCUUUCCACUCCUAGCCGACCCAGCAGUGCCCACGGACCAGCCUCCAACAGCUCUCGAUCCUUGUCAUCUUCCUCUCUCAACUAACCCAUUAGUCUCCCUCUCCGGGUCAACGAACAGACCUGACCAUAGCAGCCAGCCACAGACCCACAGUCUCCACCUCCAACCUUUGUCAUUUUCCUGUGUUCAUGACAUGCUUUUGUCAUUUCAUGCAAAUAACACAUUGAGUA